GAGGAUUUAUCAAGUUAUGCCUGGACUAAAAUGGAGGAAUCGGGAGAAGACUUCAUUUAUCUAGGCAAGUCGUUCUUAACCUUACUUGCAACUGUACAGGGCAAUGAUCCAUGGUCUCGUCUUCCUACCGGCAAUCCAGUAACUGGGAUGUCUUUGACAGAGAAGAUGUUUAAGAGUCUACAGUGUGCUGAGAUAAUCUCAGCUGACUCAUUGAUUGAACCUAUCAAACUGAGAAUGGCGAGAGUUCUCUUAUAUCAUCAAUAUGAGCAGAAAAUCGUCGAUCUUAGACACAAUACUAGCUUACCCACUCGUCUUUCAUCAGGAAAGGGUUUAGCUAGUAUAGCAAAGUCUGUCAUCUUGGAAAAAAUAUAUGGGUCACAGUACAAAAAUCUCACUCCACGGGCUAGUAAAAAGCGUAAGAAUAGUCUGAAGUGGCAUAUAAGAAUUGGAAAAAGAUGGUCAUAUGUGAUAUCCCAGCUUGGCGCUGGAAUAAUCCUAACUUGUAGCCAGGUUCUAGAGAUUCAUAUGUAA